CUCGCGGCGAACACCACCGAUCACACAACAGUGUGUAGUUUCGCUUUCCUGCAUGCCUAGUAAAGUGUGACGGGUUUGAGGCAACAGCGAGAAACCGCCGUGAAACAGUUGUAAGGGACUCGUUUUCUCCCAGCAGAUGGCAGAGUCGGGCAGGACUGUGAGGGUGAGUGGUCUGCCCUCUGACAUUGAGGACGACAGGCUGAAAGACAAGCUAUUCAUCCACUUUCUAAGAGCCAGGAACGGAGGAGGGGAAAUAAACUCUGUCACCAUUGUAAAGGCAACGCCCGUCUCUGCCCUCAUCACCUUCGACGACAGCAGAGUGGCACAGAGAGUUAUUCAACACGGACGCUACACUCUGGAAGUGGAUGAAAAGAAGUAUAAAAUCAUUGUAACUGAACACCGAGAAAGAAUGGAACCAGACGAGGUCGUCUUAAACUUAUCUGCAACUGUUGACCACAGCCAGCUUCCUGGGGGAGUGAUGGCGAUGACACACCUUCAUAAGCGCCACCCGGAAAUACAGAUAAGCUACGGUGUUACGGAGGAAUUGUGCACAUUAACCGGUGCCUAUUCCAAAGUCCAGGCUGCUUUGGCACAACUAUUAGGUCUUCCCAAGGGCCCCAAAUCAGCCGCAAACGGAAAAGCAUCAAGUCAACCUGCCACCAGUGGAUCAAAGUCGGCCCAGACAGGACAGGAGCCUGUUAUUCCGGAGUCAGAGUGUCAGAGCAGGAAACAUAAUAAACCACGGGAGCAACGAGAGAAAGUUCACCUCGGCAGGUAUUGCGAUGACCACAGCUCCGCCUCACACAGAGACAUGACGCCUGGCGCUUAUGUUUUGGGGGAUACUGGCCCGACGGAGGGUGCAGCUGCUCUGCAGCUUCUUCUUCAUCCUACUACACCAGAGGAGGACUUCUCGCUCAUUGUGGAUGCAGACAUGUUUCAGUAUAUCCAGAAACACUGCAGGGAGGAAUACCAGCAUAUCCUAAGUCAGUAUGGCGUUGAUGCCGUGGAUGUGACAAAUCAAGGGGUGACUACUCUCUACUUGCAGGUAGCAACAGGAGUGGGGGAAGAUGGCCGCGGGCAGGAGUGCCUGAGGUUGGCAAGAAAGGCAAUAAGUGGGUUUUAUGAGGAGAACGAGACCAAGAUCCGCCGAGACCAGCUUCCGAAGAGCAUCCUGCCCCUCAGGGGGGGGCAGCAAAGGGUGAUGGACACCUUAAGCGUCAGAUUUCCGAAGCUUCUUUUGAAUGAAGACGACGUCAAUAUCUACAUUAUUGGGAGCGUCUGUGACGUGUCCGAGGCCAAGCAGCUACUUCUACUGGACCCGAGCAAAGCGAGGGGUAAAAAAGAGGACGUUGCCAGUCUUCUUAGAUAUCCUCCACCCGAUUCUGAUUCAUCAACCCCCGCUCAUGAGUGGAGAGUCCCCCUCACCUUGUCCUCCAUUGCAGAUUUGCAGGGAGACACGACAGAUCAGCAGUUCCGGUCAGAGGAGGAUGAGAGGAGAGCUGAAGGGGCCACAAAGUAUAAACUAGCUGCUCGAUUUAAGGAUUCGGGACUUGCCGCGCUAGGCAGUCGACCGACUGACUUCUCCUUACGAGGACACUCGUCUCCACUUCGACAAGCAGGCCCUGGGCCGAUUCUAGCUCACGACGUACUGUCGGAGACGGCAGGGACAUCUUAUGAAAGUGUCUCCAGAGCGUCAGCUCAAAACACCGGAGGGGACAUCUUGUUCAAGAGUGGAUAUGCCUUGCCUUCAAAUGCUUCGCUGCAGAAUAAAACCUCCCCGAAAGGUCAUUUAAUCGAUACUCGACCGAAGAGUUUGACAUCUCCCGUUAGCACGACGCAGUCCGGUGUGUCACGGCGUGCUUUACAUCCACCGGCUGGAUCUGGAUCCACCUUGAAGCGAGCCAGUAGUUUCUCGGGAACACCUCUGCAGAAGGCCCAAGUUGUGAGUCAGAAGAGUCCAGACGACCCGGCCGCCAGGCCCACGGUCAGCGCCAGGGGCCGGUCCGGCAGCUUCAGCAGCCAAACGGGGAAGGACCAACGCAAAGUCUGCCAUGCAGAGAUGACACUUUCCAGUGUGCUGUGGGAGCACAUAAAAGAAGCCUACAGAUCCCGAGUGGACGACCUGACCUCUGACGUCCAGAUGAAAGAGAGGUGCUCAGAGGGUAGCUGUGAUGUGACGCUCACCUUGAGAGGGGCAUCGUCGUCCAGGGUGAACCCAUGUCAGCAAGGUUUACAGAAGCUGGCCGACUCCGUUGGGGUGGACUUCUCCGUGCACGAGCUGCGCCUGUCAGAGCUGGGCAUCACCGACGGAGAAGAUGAAACCCUACAGGCUUGUUGUGCCGAGGUCCGCGGCAGGUUCAAGAAAGUCACAAUGCAGUCUUCGGAGAAGAGCUUAUAUCUUAGGGGUCCGCAGGCGUUGUGUUCUCAGGUGGGUGCCUCACUGCGGGAGGUGUUUUCUGGCGAUCUGGUCCAAGUACCUCAAGAACAGGACCUCUCUGGCCCUUCUACCUCAAAAUGGAGUCCAUCCCCAUUUUUGCCAAUGAACGAGGACCAAAGUAGUCUGCACUGUAGCAGAGACCCUCGGGUGAUGCUACAGGGCCAAACAAGCAAAGCCGAUAGGAUGGAUAGUAGCCAGGAAGGGAGACCAAGCCAGAGAAGUGACUUCCGUGAGACAGAGCUUGUGAAUGGCUCCAUUAACCAACUGUUGGUGAGGAAAGACCCCGUCAUUAAAGAGAAAGUGAAGAUCGUACAACCAAAGGAGAUGGAGGGAUUCGUCAGCCACGGCACAACAGGAAUGGGUGGCGCGAGACAUGCGACCGACGUCGCGCUAACGACAACCAACAGUGACGAGGACACAGCUCUUCAUAAGAAGGAGAUAAGUACAGACUCCAGCCACAAGGACAGUACGCAGCAAAGACACACAGGGACGCCAGAGGAGUCCGGUUCGGGUACCGCGGGGCUGGGGAGCACCUGCGUGCGCUGUGAGAUUGAGACCGCGACGACAACCACAAAGUGCGGAGCGACCAUGUGCCCAAAGUGCCGCGACACACACGUCCGUUGCAGAGUUUGUCACGAGACGGAGGCGACGACGCCGGGCAUCAGGGGCCAAAUGAGCUACUCCAAACUAAACAUCACUUUACCAGGUCACAAAAAAGGCUCUGCCAUCAAGAUCACCUACUGCAUUCCAGAUGGCAUCCAAGGGGAAGAUCACCCUUCUCCAGGAGAAGCUUUUCAAGGAGGGGUGUUCGAAGCCUUUCUUCCGGACAGCGAGAGGACGAGGACGCUGCUACCAAGGCUGGAAGAAGCAUUCAGGCAGGGGCUCAUCUUCACAGUGACGGGUGCAGACACGGGGGCCAGGGCCUCCUGGGACUGCAUCCCGCACAAGACCACCCUACAUGGAGGCAAGUCCGGGAACGGAUACCCAGAUUCCACUUACUUGACUCGCUUGUCCGAUGUCUUGACCGCUAGCGGGAUUGGAGAAGCAGUAGCCAAGUCUUAAGAUAAAAGCAAUGUGAGCAGUUUUAUCAUUUUGAAAAAAGUGAUUGGAGCCAAUUGCUGUUUAUUUCUACGGCGCUUAAGCUUUUAUUAUUCCGAUAAUUGUUACAGUUCAUAUUGUAGUCGUUUUCCCAACGUCAUAACCUGCCUCAAUGUUGCUUUUUUUUCAAAAUCAAUGACAUUUUUCAAAAUGUGUUAAAUGACAAUUUUGACCAACCCCCAUUGUCUUAGCAUCCCUGAACAUGUUAAUGUUCUGAUCAUUAUUUUAAAAAAGAUAAAUGCAUGGUACUGUGUAUAUGUUUUAUCACCGCAUUGUCUAUUUUUUAGGAUCCUGUUAAGGAAGAAAAUACAGAAAAAUGUUUGUAGAAUAUAGGGGUUAGUUACUUUAUAUUUGUAAAGAUUUACCAGAAUGGGCACCGAAAUAAAAGAGCACAUCUCCUGACA